CAGCGCUUCCAGGAAGUCGGCGGGGCACAGCUGGGGAGCUCGGGAGUGGAGCCGCCUGGUGCCAAGGUGACUGGACACUUCUCCUCUCUAACCAUGUGGGAUCCCAACGCAGGACAGCCUGGUGCCUACCCCGGAGCGGCCUUCCCUCCCAACCCCACGUACCCACCUGGCUCCAAUCCUGCCUACCCUCCCCCCGGGAACCCUGCCUUCCCCCCGGGCACAGUGCCCCCUGGCUCCUAUCCCAUCCCUCCAGCGGGGGUUCCAGGGCAGCCUGCAUACCCCCCCGGCCACCCCAUUCAACCCCCUUUCCCCGGCCAGCAGCCUGGCUACCCUCUGGGUCCCUACCCACCGCCUGCUCCUGGCAUGCCUGGGGGGAUGGGUGUCAAUCCCCUGAUGCCUGGGGGGAUGGGUAUCAACCCCCUGAUGCCUGGGACCGUCAUGGUUGGGACCCAAGUGCUGGACAAGAAGGCGGCGAAGAAGAUGAGGAAGAAGAUGAAGAAGGCUCACAAGGUGCACAAGCCACACAAGCUGCACAAGCAUGGAAAGCAUUCCUCUUCCUCCUCCUCCUCCUCCAGCAGCAGCGACUGACUGAGGCUUCCCUCCGCCUUCCAGCCACGCAUGCUUCCCGCAGACCAGACAGUGAUCUUCCCCUGCUAGAACCAAGCCACUGGCUGACUGGACUGAUGCCAGCUACCUCCCUAACAGCCUGUAUAACAGGGCUAGGGACAGAGGCUAAAAUCCCCAGGAAAAUCUGGCACAGAACAGGGAGCCCCGGUGAGCCAUACGCUAAUCUGGAUGUCACUGAUCGGGUGAUGGAGGGCACUGGUGCGAUCAGAGGUGCAACCUUAUCAUUAAAAGCAGGUGCACUGGGGUCCAGGUGUUAAAAUGCAGGAGCCCUGUAGCAAUAUUGCAGUUGGGACUCUGAGCUUUUUUACCUUUCAUGACAAGUCCCUUCUGGACUUAAAAAUUGGAACCUCCCGACUCACAGCCUAUGCCCCGUUCAUGAUGCAAUUGCAGAAUAAGUCCUUGCAAAUCAAGGCAUCUGCACCGGCCGCUCCCUUCAUCUCUUGAUAUUCUGGCUCGUUCUGACUGGCCUGCAGAAAUCUGGGGAUGUUGCUGACGGGCUGAGAGGCAGGUUUGUUUUCAAAGGCAUAAGGAAGUUGGGUAUCUAAAUGACUUUGGAUAAAUCUGCCCCCAGUUGUCCAUUUUCUGGUGGGAUGUUCCUUUUGGGGCUGAGGGAGGAGGUAGUCUAUAUAGAAACUAAUUACAAAAAGUCUAUAUAGUAUGUAUAAAAACUAAUCAUAGAAGUGCUUGGAAUAAUAGCUCUGAAUUAAAAUUCUGAAUGUCUCAUGUCGUAAA